AUGCUGUUUGAAGAUGUGCGGUUCAUCCAUGAGGACCUGGAGCGUUUGGAGCAGGCCGUCGCUGACAGACUCGCUGAGAAUCCCUCGACCAUUCGAUAUCGCUUAGCUCGCGACCACGAAAUUGCACAUUUCUUGACGAGAAUUGAGGAGCAAUCACAGCGUCUUCUGGACAUUUACAAUGACCCGGAGAAACCGCUCGAAAAAGAAGCGCAGGCGAUCUCGACCGGCGAUCAGUUUGAGGAGUUUUACAAGCAGCUGGAUGAGAUUAAAGAUUUCCACAAGCAAUACCCAAAUGAGCCGAUCGAGAACCUGGAACGGGCAUACAAGCGCCGCCAACCAGGUGACGGGGAGGCUCCGCGCGUCGAUGUAGACGCCAUGUUUACUGGAGAGGAAGGAUUUGGGAAAUUCCUAGAUCUGACCAUGAUUCAUGAACAAUAUCUGAAUCUCCCCGGCGUCAAGCGUCUUCCAUACACUCAGUACCUCGGGAUCUUCGACGAGUUCACGCCGCCAGCCAUGAACAUCAAGCGCAAGGACAAAGUCUCGGACAAGUACUUCAGCUACGUCAGCGAGCUAGCAAACUAUCUUGAAAGCUUUCUGAAGCGGACACGGCCUUUGCAGGAUCUCGACAAGCUUUUCAGCUCAUUCAGUGAAGAGUUUGACACGAAGUGGUCCGCCAAAGACGUUCCGGGUUGGACAAGCGAGAAGACGGAGAAUAGCGCUCUUGGCCCACAGACACAGGGGACAGGGGCCGGAAUCUGGUGUCCAGAUUGUGCGAAGGAGUUCAGCAAUGAGAACGUCUACCGUAAUCAUCUCACCGGAAAGAAACAUAUUCGGAACGCCGAGGCCAAGAAAGCGGCCGGUCAAUCAGAUGAACAAUCGACUGCGCCCCGACCCCAAGAAACAUCCUCUUACAGCCUGAAGGAGCGUGCAGUGGCUGAACGCGAGUAUCGCAUCCGCUGUUUGGCGAAAGAACUGGAUUCCAUCCGCAACACAACUCGUGACAAUGUGGAGCGCAGGCAAACUAUGACUGAACGCGAGCGUCAAAUUGAGAACGAAAACAUGAUGGCAGAUUCGGAGAAUUACCUGCCAGCUGGUGACGGAGACAUGUCGGAGGACGAAGACGCGGAUAAGUUUUACAACCCACUGAAGCUGCCGCUUGCAUGGGAUGGAAAGCCCAUUCCAUACUGGCUGUACAAGCUACAUGGCUUGGGUACGGAAUACCCGUGUGAGAUUUGCGGUAAUUUCGUCUACAGAGGCCGUCGCGCUUUUGAUAAGCACUUUUCAGAGGGUCUUCACAUAUACGGCCUCAAGUGUUUGGGCAUCACUUCCAAUACCAACCUUUUCCGUGAAAUCACUCGUAUUGAUGAGGCCGUCCGGCUUUGGGAGAAGUUGGAGCAAGACCGCAAGAAGGAGCGUGAAUCUCGUGACAAUGUUGUGCAGAUGGAGGACGCCGAAGGCAAUGUCAUGCCGGAAAGGAUCUAUCUGGAUCUCCAAAAACAAGGUAUCCUCUAG